CUUCUGUCUUGGAGACCGAAUUUCUGACACUCUCUGUUUUUCUUCCGUGCAGCCAGAAGUAGAAGUAACACUACCUUUUGAGGUGUGUCACAAAGUUCGAAGUUGUAGAGAAACGAAAAGGGACUUUUCGUGUCACUGAAAUACGAAGUUCGUAAGCUGCACUAGCGGUGGUCGCACGGAGACCUAUUGACGCAAAUACGCAGGAACGCCAGAUCACAUCAAGGACAACGCUUUUUAACCCUUACGUGUGACGGAAGUAGAAAUUUUCAUCAUCCACCCCUUCCUUCCUUCAAGGAAAGAGAGCUGUGCAACCCAGCCCUCCAGCAGCCACGACAAAAAACGCGGACCAAGAAGAGAACGUCCACGACGAUGACAGGUAGGAAGCCGCGUAAUAUCGCCAGUGCCGCGGCGCUGGCGUUUUGCACUUUUUCCGGGCUGCAUCAAGUGCACACCGUGGUUUCUGCGACGAAACUGCACCUCACUGCGGGCGUCGUGGGCAGUCGGGACCACAGCGGGGCUGGUUCAUCUUCCAGUGUCACUGGUCACUCGUCCCACGUGGUGACGAAACCGCAGAAAAAGUUUCGGUUUCUGGCGGCGAAACCGACCACCUUGUCGAUGAAAAUGGCUUGCGCCACGACGUUUGCGGUGGCGAUGUUCUGUCCGACCGGAAACUGUGCGCCGCUUGAGACGGUGCCGUUCGUGAACAAGAAGCCGCUUCUGAACCAGUCUCGGUUCAUCUCUUCGUACACCGGCGGGCCGCUUAUGAGAGUGCACAACUCCCUCUCCCCUUCAUUUGUGUUGCAUGAACAGCAAUACAAACACCUGCAGACGUGGAGCCUGUGCAUGACAAAUUCAUGCGCCUAGUGUAGUACUGUUUGGGAUUCCGGAAUCUGUCAUGCAAACAGUGCCAGAGGGAAGCACUUGGAUUUGGGGUUUCCUUCGCAUGACAAAUGAGUGGGAGGGGGAGUUGUGCACUCUCAUACCGCUGCCAGCCGACAACUGCCCGAUGUCUUAUCCGUCGAAAGAAGGGGAGGAGAGCCAAAUUCUGGGAAUGGUGCAAGACGUAUGACUAGUGAAGUCAAUCGCUCCUCUUCAUAGGUCACCUAUUGUGCGCUUUCUAUGUUGAGUGUCUAGCUUGCAGGUUGUCGGUGUGUCGGGGUAGAACGUGUGGUACUCAGUUAAGCAGGAUCUUCUACAGGAUCCAUAUGAUAACCGAGCAGGUCUAGUACUGACUUCCAGCUCUUCCUGGCGCAAUUUCGAAGUACUUAUCAUUCUGUGUUGAUUUUUUCGCGCAGAAAUGCAAUUGGAAUUGACAAAAACGGAGAAGCACAUUGGUAGCUGCUAGGGGACAGAGCGAUAGUAUGUUUGCAUGUAAUAAGACGAGACUGUGACGGAAGCCGGCGCUUUUCAAUCCGCGUGGCCAGCAAAGAUCCUGAACGGGAAAUGGUACGCGAAAUUUGGAAUGUAGCAGUCGGGUGGACGACGAGAAACGAUGGAGAACUUUGUCAUGCCAGAUCGGAUACUGGUGGUAGUUCCGACAACAAUGCAGUUUAUCGUGCAACAGGCAAAGAUGAACAAAAAAUGUCAGGUACGUUAUCGCCGCCGCGGACGCGUUUCAACCGACGGAGGAGUACAAAUGCACGCACUACGAUUACAAAUUCGAUCCUAUGCAAAGUCACCGCGGCGUGUUGAUAAAGCCUGUGCAGCGACGUCUUCGUGUUUUUCUACUUUCUUCGCAUGACAAGUUGCGUGUAUCGCUUUCCUUCGAAAGGGUCGUGACAACAUGUACUUACUAGGGGUACAAACUUCGCGCCACAUAAUUGUUUGUCUGUGACGCAAAGACGCAAACAUGAUGACAAAGAAAAGGACAUCAGCGGCGGUCUUGUGUUGCUUUGCAAUAUUCCAAAAUUCCGGGCUGCCGCGGGCGGUUUGGAACAGCUUCGACGUGGACAGCAAGCAGUGGCAGAAGAUUCCCUUGCAAGGUUUUUUUGUUGCAGCUUUGCUUUUGCUCCUGUAUCUGCAUGACAGAAGCUCCUGUGUCUAGCUCUACCUGUGCAGCCGUUCCUGCAUAUCAUCCUAUACAAAUCACGGCGCUACUUUGUUCUCUCAGGUGAACUGAUGAAAUCAACCUCCGGUACGUUGAUUCCCGGGGGCUACCGAGAGACUCCGAUGCGCAUGGGCGAGAAGCAGGACCCGUGGUUCGUGCCCAUUGUGCACUUCACGGAUGAUACGCGAGGGAAAGUUUUUUUAAAAGAUUUGCUAGGCGUACAAUCCGCAUGACAACGUGCCAAGUUGCAUGUUACUUGUCAUGCAUGCAGCCACAGGUAGGACUAGUCUAGCAGAAAACAAAAGUUUCUCAUGCAUACUAGAAGGGGAGCAGCAGGACAUUCUGGUCAAGUGGGGCUGCACGAAACCGCCUCAGGGAAAUGUGAACUUUGUGGAGGUACUAUAUUCGUACGGUGGUUUUCCUGUUAGUCUUAGUUUUGCUAUGCCGAACAGAUGAAAAUGGCAAGGAGUGUAGUCCCCGUUCGAAAUUGAUAAACAACGGGCACCAUUGCGAAAACGAGAUGAAGUCCACUUUCUCCACCGAAAAACCUAGGUUCUUUCGCGGAAGCCGAAUGUGGAUUACACCGAGGUGAUCGAGGCGAUUGCCCACCUGAUGCAGGAAGGCCAGGAAAUCACGCCAGUGAUUGAGAACAUGCGGCCGGUCACCCAGGAUUGCCCUGACGUGGUGCCGCCGAUGGCCGGGAUGGAUCUCUGCCGCGGCCCGGAUUGCGACGAGAAUCGGGCGCGGGGGAGCAGCUCCAAAGAAACGGACCUGGGGAACGAACAGCAGUUGCCGAUUGCUCCUACUGGAACGCAUCUCUGCCGGGGGCCGCACUGCGAUGAGAAUCGGAAGAGCGUGCAGUUACCGAUCGAGCCGACCGGGACUCAUCUCUGCCGGGGGCCGCACUGCGAUGAGAAUGGGAAGAGCGUGCAGUUACCGAUCGAGCCGACCGGGACUCAUCUCUGCCGGGGGCCACACUGCCACGAAAAUGGGGUGGAGGUGGAGGAUGGUGGCAGUAUGGUGCAUGUCUAAAGUAGAAACUAAUGCACGAAGUCUACUCAAGUGUACUUCUACUUCAUCAAGAGCCGCGCCCUUGUAAAGCAUACGCAAAAUAACCUAUCUUUUUCCGAAGAAGUGGUGAGCUCCUGUCACUGAAAUUGACAGAUAUCAGGCAGUGGCAUGGCUGUCUGAUCUUUCUACUCACCAGGGCUGCUGCGAGGGUACUACUCGUUGUAUGUAAUAGUACUGACGACUACGCUUAAACUUAAUGAAAGUCAUACGGAUAUACAUAUACACAAGAAGAAUAUGCCACUUUUCCUCCUCUCAUCCACUACGCAUCAAGUUAUGUAAAUCAGUCACCACAUCUAGCGAUAGAGUUGCUCCUCUAGGAAUUUAUUACGGUACUCACACUGAAGUCGCAAUAACUACUGCGGCUGCAGCGGCGAUUGAAAAAAAGAAACACCAGCAGCACGAUGAAUGAGCCUCGUUGUGACGGUGUGCAGCAAAGCAAAUGACAGCCAGCAAGUGGUUCUCUCCAAAAGAGCUAAUGUUACGGAAAACG